AUGCCUAAUUUAAAAAUCAAACAGUGUGUUAAUUUAAAAUUUCUCGUUAAAUUAAAAAAACCGCCCCCAGAAUGUCUAAAGAUGUUGACGGAGGUGUACGGGAAGGACACGAUGUUACGUACUCGAGUUUUUGAAUGGCAUAAAAGAUUUAAGGAUGGGCGAGAAGAAGUGAAAGACGACGAGCAUCCUGGUCGCCCUUGCACAUCAAACAGUGAUGAGAACGUCGACAAAAUUGACAAAAUUGUCCGAAAUGAUCGUCGUUACAGUAUUCGUAUGAUUGCAGAUAUGAUAAAUAUAGACAAAUAA